AUGCUAUCAAAUACUCACUUAAGCAACUAUAUAAGGUUUUUCUAGAUUAAAUCAGAUAUGGAAUAAGAAUGUCUGAUUACAUAGAAAGAGAAGCACCAAUUAAAAGUGAAUCUAACCUUAAAAGACAUGUAAUUAGUUAACAUGAUUGCACUAAAUACAGGUAGUGAAGGAUUACAAUUAUUCAUAAGAUGCCGAUGAAGAAGAGUUCAAAUACAGUAUAAUCAACUAUUUGAGAAAAAAAAUUAAUCUUCUCGUUAAAGGUAGGGAUAGAAAUAAGAUGUAAGUCAACUGGGAUAGAAAUGAGUCCAAUACGUUUGAUAAGACGAAAUUCUGUUAGUAAAGAAUUGAAAGUAACAGAAGAACAAUUGAUCCAAAAAAUUGAUGAUUUAAAUGACUCACUUGUUAUGAUUCUAUAGAAUGAGAACAAAUGUGUAUUUUUAGUCCUUUUAAUGGUUUUGUCUAGAUUCUUACACCAAUUGUAACUGAGAAAUUGAAGAGUAUCCCUGAAUUAAUACAAAAGACAACAAUUUCAUCACCAUCUACAACAACUACUAAAAUAUUUUAAGCUGAAGAAACAGAAAAUUGUAAAAUAGUAGAUAAAUUUACAUAACUUUAUUCAGAUAUGAAAGUAUAAAUUAUUAUUAUUGAAAAUAGAAACAUUACACAGAUUAUCUAAAUUGUCAUCUUUUAUUAAUGAAUAAUAAUUUAUCCUAUGACACUUUAGUGUAAAGUGUAAGAUUAUUUGUUAAAAGAUUAAUUGAUGCAGAUUAAAUAACUUAUUUACAGAUUAGAGAUGAUUAAUCAUAAUAAACCUAUUAUUCUGUUGAAGAUUAAUAUAUUAUUACAAAUGAUAAGUAAAUUUAUAAUGAAACUUAACUCAUACAACCUAAUAAAGUUUUACUUUUAGAUGAGUGUAAUUUCUAUCCUGCCUUGAGUCAAUAAUUCAAAAUUAAAUUGUAUAAAAAGAAUUAUUUGAUCAAAUUAAAUAAUUAAGAUAUUUUUGUUUGUUUUCAUAUUAAUGAUUAAACUUCAAUUAUUAAUGAAUUUCUUGCAUUAGCUGAUGAAUUUGAUAUAUUUGAUGAUCUUAAUUAAUUAUGCAUAUUUUUGAUUGAAACUAUUAAAUAAGAUAAAAUCCAAAUAUUUACUCCACUUUAAUUCUCACAUAUGAUUUAAGGUAUUAGUAUUGCCUUUAUUAGAAGUUCAAAAUAUUUAUUCAUAAAAUAAUCUAUACAUAUAUUGUAAUCAAAAUAUUAAGUUGAUAUGUAAUGAAUAAACUAUUAUAUAUUUAGUCAUAUCAAUUCUGGUGAUGGUAUGUCUGUUAUUAGUAGUCCUAGUUACUUUUAUGGAAUUUAGAAAUAAGUAGAUUUUGUUUUUAAAGAUGAACUUAAUAUAUCUAUUACAAUUAAUUGUAUGGAUCUAAAUAAGAAAUCUGAUCUUAUGAUUUACAAAUAAUUAACAUAAAGUUUUAAUAAGUAUCUCAAAUUCAUUAGACAAUGUUAUGAUAGAACUACCUUCUAUAAGUUCUUUGUUAAAUCAUAAAACACUCUUAUUUUUGAAUUUGAUAAAUUAGGCAGAUUAAUAUUCUUAUCUAAACCUAUUCCUUAAGAAAUUAAGAGAGAAUUCAAUAUUAAUUUUGAUCCAACAUAAAAAAAAAUGACCUAUUCUUAAUUAUUUUAAAAUGAAGAAUUGCUCAAAUAUAUUGAAAAUUUCCUUUAAGAAUAAAAUAUACUUAGAGAUAGUGAUCAAUAAUAUUAGGUGUUUAUGAAAAUGGAGGAACGUAGUUUCAAGGGAUUUUUAUUAUUUUUUAAUAAGGUUGGUUUAAAUAUGAUUAAAAGAAUUUUGAUUUAAGUGAUCCAUCAUUAUAGAAAGAAUUGCAAAAAUAAAUUAUUUAAUAAGAAACUAUUAAAUUUAUUGAUAAUUUAGAAUAAAAUAAUUCAUAGAUUUUGA